AGGACGUGGUUAGUUCCGGUGAGCGGUGGCUCUCCUGCCUCUACACAGACGUUUUAAGCACAGAUUUUAUUCUGUUUUAAUCAACAAAUGUACAUAUUUUUAGGACGUGUGGAUUAACAUCCACGGGACGAUGCUACAUGUGUGUUUUCCUCCAGGUUUGUGACGUCUUCUCCUGCUGCCUGGCUCCUCACCGACUGGAGAAACAAUGCAGGCCUAGCGAGCAGCUAACGGUAGCUAGCUAGCGGGAGCUAAUCGGAUAACGCUGGACCAGCAACAGACUGCAGUGGGAUUUAAAUCUCGGAGGAAGCCGAAUUUCGACGCUGUAAUUUCACCCAAUCCGCGAUGAGUUCUCAGCUGCAGGUCUUCUCCACCCCCUCGAUCUCCUCCAGUGCCUUUUGCCGUGUGAAGAAGCUGAAGGUGGAGAGCAAUGUUUGGGAUGUGUCCACCACUGACGCCUACAGCUCCAUAGCAGGCCAGUCAGCAUACACCUUUGCACCUGCAAUGGCUGUGGCGCCCUUCGCACCAUCCCUGGUCUUCCCCCCUUCAGCUCCUGGCUCCAGGGGUCAAGUGGUGGUGCGGGCAGCUGACAGCACUGGCAGUCUUCCCCGUGGUUCCAGUCGACGUGUCACUGAGCAGGCAACGUCCUCCUCUUACACUCAUGCUGAGACAUCCUCGGAGACCAGGGGGCACCGGCACGGGCACAAGAGAAAAAUGGAGGAGGCGAAUGAAGGCAGUGGGAGUGGGUGUGGCAGUGUCCAAAUAUUAGAGGAGCUCUCAGCUCCUGCUGCAACUUACUCCAACCGUACAGGCGGCGGUGGAGGAGGGGGCACUGGCCAGUCGAUACCCCACUCCGCUACAACCACCAAAAGCAGUAGCUCCAAUGGCGAAGGAGAUUAUCAGCUGGUGCAACAUGAGAUUCUCUGUUCAGUGUCCUGUAGCUAUGAAGUGCUGGAGUUCCUAGGAAGAGGCACGUUUGGACAAGUAGCUAAAUGUUGGAAGAGGGGCACCAAUGAGAUUGUGGCAAUCAAGAUCCUCAAAAACCAUCCGUCAUAUGCUCGUCAGGGCCAAAUUGAGGUGGGCAUCCUGAACCGACUGAGUGCAGAGAACGCAGAUGAGUAUAACUUUGUGCGUUCGUAUGAAUGCUUCCAACACAAGGGCCACACCUGCCUGGUGUUUGAGAUGCUGGAGCAGAAUCUGUAUGAUUUUCUCAAGCACAGCAAGUUCAGUCCGCUCCCCCUUCGCCACAUCAGACCCAUCCUACAGCAGGUGGCUACAGCCCUGAUGAAGUUAAAGAGCCUGGGUCUGAUUCAUGCAGACCUAAAGCCUGAGAACAUCAUGCUGGUCGACCCCCUCAGACAGCCCUACAAGGUGAAGGUCAUUGACUUUGGCUCGGCAAGUCAUGUGUCCAAGGCUGUUUGCUCCACCUACUUGCAGUCCCGCUACUACAGGGCUCCAGAGAUCAUUUUGGGUUUGCCGUUCUGUGAGGCCAUUGACAUGUGGUCUUUAGGCUGUGUGAUAGCUGAACUGUUUCUGGGUUGGCCCCUCUACCCUGGAGCCUCUGAGUAUGACCAGAUUCGAUACAUUUCCCAGACUCAAGGCCUUCCAGCAGAGUAUUUACUGAGCGCUGGCACUAAGACUAGCCGCUUCUUCAACCGAGGCCCUGACUCCAGCUACCCACUCUGGAGGCUGAAGACCACAUCGGAGCAUGAAAUGGAGAUGGGCAUCAAGUCCAAGGAGGCCAGAAAGUAUAUCUUCAACUGUCUGGAUGACAUGAUGCAGGUGAACCUGUCGUCUCAUUUGGAGGGGACGGACAUGUUGGCUGAGAAAGCUGAUAGACGAGAGUUUAUAGACCUCUUAAAGCGGAUGCUCCGACUGGAUGCAGACAAAAGAAUCACCCCUACAAAAACUCUGGGUCAUCCCUUUGUCACGAUGAGCCACCUCAUGGAUUAUCCCCACAGCUCCCAUGUGAAGUCAUGCUUCCAGAACAUGGAGAUCUGCAAGCGCCGGAGCGCCUACGACAGUGGCAAAUCCUUGUACUCCACCAGUGCCGUCCCCAGUGCUGCAGCGGGCAACCUCACCGUUACCUUCAGUAGCCAACUCAACCAGCAUAACCAGGUGCCUUCAGCGGGGGGAGCGGUGCCUUUGCUGAACUACCAGCCAGCUCUGUACCAGCAGGCGACCAUCAACAUUCCCGGGCUGGCUCAACAGAGUGUGCCGAUUCCAACGCGUCCUGCUGGGCUGUGUAGCCAGGCAGAACCCUUCCAGCAGACUCUCAUCGUCUGCCCACCCUCCACUCUUCAAGGGCUACAGCCAUCCAAUAAGAGUUCCACUUUCCCUGUGAGGAUGGAGAACUCUGUACCUCAGAACCAAUCUGCUCAGGCGCUGCAGAUCCCGCCAAGUAUGCUCACCCAGGGUUCCUGCACACCCCUGAUGGUGGCCACCCUCCACCCACCCUCAGCAGGCAUAGCCCCCCAGUAUUCUCUGCCCCUUGGGCUGGGCACCGGGGUGGGUCGGCCCACCCUCCUGGAGCACACAGCCACAGUGCUGGCCUGGCCCACUGGCACCCAACAAAUCCUCAUACCAUCAUCAUGGCAGCAGGUCCCAGGCUUGGCGAUCCACAGCGCCGCCCACCAGACGAACAUUGCAGAAUCUCCCCUUAAAACACUUCACUCAGAUGCUGCCAUACAACUGGGACAGAGCUGGAGGAGCACAACCCAAGCCAGGAGUCAGCAGGAGCGGAAGAAGGUGAAAGCCAGACGUGGAGAGAACAGAAACAGGGGUCUAUCCGCAGCAUCGUUACUAAGUGGUAUCGCCCCACCCAGUUCCAGCGCCAUAUUGUCCCAGCCAAUCAUCAUCUCUGACACACCCAGCCCAGCAGUCAGCAUUAUCACUAUUCACAGUGACACUGACACUGAAGAUGAGCGCAAGUUCCAUCCUGCCAGCGUUGGUCUGAGCCAGCGGACUAAUGUCAUCAGCUGUGUGACGGUGCACGACUCUGACUCGUCCACAGCCAGCCCCCUGACUCCUCUGCCCCGCACCAGCACCGUGUCAUCACGCCAAGUCAAGUCUCUGGCAGUGGUGGCACCUUCUGUCAAAACCCAGGGCUCAGAGAGAGGAGCGGCCUCGCGUGGACGCUUGGAGACUGGGAACUACAUGAAGCCGAAGAGAUCUAACAGACCACCGUGCAGUUCAGGGGAGACCAUGGAGCACCCCCUCAACCUCAGCCAGGUUCAGCCAGUGGUUUCUUCAUCUCAGGAGCGCUCUGGCUUGUCCCACAGUGACUCCUCUUUGCGGCGCCAGCAGACGUUCCCUCCCGCCAUCUCGGCCUCCCACUUCAACUUCCCCGAAGUGUCCGCCCUGACGUCCGUCUCCUGCCCCGGCCCGAGUCUGUACACUUACCCAGCCUCCACCGCCCUCUCCUCAGCUUCUCAGGCCAUGGAGCAGCUGCUCGGCCGUGGUCACAGCAGCCAUGGACACUCCCCCUCCACCUAUGCAGCAACAUACACCUCAUCCUCUUCCUCGAGGAGAGACUCGGCCGGUCGCAGGGAUUCCGUCAGUAGCCUGCUGCACGGCCUUCCCACAGCCUACCAGCAUCAGUUCGCCACUGGUUCCCCCUAUGUGAGCGUGACCCCCCGGGCUGAGGCUUACAGUGCCUACCAGCUGAGUCCCAGGCGGCUCACACAGUACCCGUUCCUAUAGGGAGACAAACACACUUUACUUUAAACAGGAAGGGGAAAAAAACAUCUGCUUCCCUUCAUGCUACCACAAAGGGACGUUUAAACUGUGUUUCUAAUAGAGUAACUGUCAAUCACUUUUUUUGUUAGCUGCUUUUGUCCACUAGGCAGAAUUCCCCCUCCAGCUGUGGACUGUUUGAGUGUUUUUGAAAUGUUCUUUGGUAUUAUUUGAUAUCGUAUCAGUUAAUCUUCCCCUCAAAGAUAUAGUUUAUAGCCCAUAUUUUAUCCCAAUCUUAUCCCGAUGUACUCGUCUAGCAUUGGUAAAUGUGUUAAACACCUGUAAAUCUUGAGGUUGUGUGUGUGUGAAGAGAGAUUUUCCUCCUGUCACAAGCUGCAACGACACUUUUAGCUUUUAGACGUCUGUCCAACGAGGCUGACGACGACCGUCACGUUCCCUCGUAACGAAGUUGUCCCACUAAUCAGCAAGGCCCUAUGUUUUUAGCAAAUAUAAUCUUGACUGUACCCUUUACUUGCAUCUGUUUAUUCACAAAUGUCUUUUACUAUGUUUAUUAAAUUAUGUUUUGUCGGUGAGAGGUAGGAAGAGGAAGGUCCAUGAUGUGGAAUAAGAGAGAAAUGGUAAAAACUGUGAUGGAUACAUGUUAAUUUAAGUGCACAUGUGAUAGUCUGUUAAUGUAGUGACCUUGUUUAGACAGGAUUAAUCAUGUCUGUUUUGUUUCUUUUUAAACUGCAUCAACUGAGUGCUGAAUGUAUUUAUGAAGUACAGAGGAGUGGAAACACCAUCCUGAGGAAUGACGUGAAAAGCUUUUUGUUUUAAACAGUUCAAAAAGAGAGAUGUACCCCUUUUCCCUCCUUUCCUUGAAAUAUGAAAAAUCAAGUUACACCUGGACUGAAAAAAAAAAAAAUCUAUUAUCUGUGAAUCUGAUUGUGUAGGACCUGCUCAUUAUUAAAAUUGAUAUGGCCAGUUUUAACAGCUUUUAAAUAUAUAUAUUAUGUAUAUUAUUCGGGUGGGGCUGAAUAUUUGUCCUGUUUUCUCCCCUUGACACUUUAGAAAUGCUCGCUAUAGUUUUAACAAACCACCCACACUGCUGUAUGAUGACUGACAGAUGAUCAAGUUGAUAAACCGCUGGCUGAUAUGUCAGUUGGGGUUGGAGGAGAAGCCGUUAAGUCUCUGGCCACUGUUCAAUCACAGGUGGUGAGUGGGUUGUUCCACCAGGAAAAGGGUUUUCCACACGGCCCCUGUUGGUCUUGUCUGAAUUCAGAGCCGUUCUCCUUCCACCAUGUGUUUGAUCUCGAGGACGUGAGCAAUCGGAUGGUCUCUGUGGGCCCUGAAAUGUUUUUCUUUUGUUAGUAACCUUUCCUGUCGUUUGCAAAAGUUUUGUGUUGUCUGAGUAUUUAACUGUUUCAUCUUAACAUAGUAUAGUUCAAAGGCUCUUUGGUAGAACUAAUUCAGGGAAAAGGUUUCAGCUCAAAUAAUCCACCGUCACUGUUUUCAAUAAAAUAACCAUAAACUCA